CUCGAUUGCACCACGUCUUCUUCCAUGUCCCUCCGGCUGCCGCAGAGUCCGCCCAGUAUCUGCGCCGUGCCGCUCGUUGGGAAGCGCCGGCCAUCCGAGUCGCCGCGGCCAUCGGUCGACCUCGAGCGAAGCGCCGUGCGUAUCGACCGCCAGCGCAGCGGCAGCUCGCCGCCCAAGCCUGCGCGCGUCACGUCGCCGGGAAAGCACGCGCCCGAAACCACCGGCAUGCUCCUUGUGAAAGACACGACCACGGAAUGGACCAAGCGCUGGUGCCAGCUCGUGGGCUCGACCUUGUCGAUCUACGAUACGCCGUCCAGUUCAGCGCCGUGGCACCAACUCGACAUGUCGUACCGCACGGUCGUACGCGUGGCGCCGACUUCGCCAACGUCCAGCGCGGCGCACUAUACGUUCUCGCUCGCCCAAGGCGGCAGUUCGGCGGCGAUCGUGCUCUGCCGCGCCGACUCGGCCGCGGACCUGACCAUGUGGGUCGACGCGCUCUCGCCGUAUGCGCAAAAGGUGCAGCAGACCGCCAAGAAGCAGCGGUUCGAGGCGCCGUUUAGCCAAACCGAGUUUGUGACACACAAGGUCGCGUCAGUGCCGCCGAAGAUGCUGCACUUGAUCCUUAUCCGGCACGGCCACUACGUCCACGCCCACACAAAACAUGCGCGCGACAGCGAAAAAGUGCUCUCGCACAUUGGUCGGCAGCAAGCGGAGCUCGUGGGCCAGCAGCUCCAAGCCAUGAGCGCGCCGUCCCGCGACGAUCUCCUCAUUCUGCACAGCGACAUGCGCCGCGCGAUGGAAACUGCAACGAUCAUUGGCGAUUUCUUUCCCGACUGCGCACUCUCGUGCACGCCGCUGCUCCGCGAAGGCUGGCCGGGCAACCCGUCGCCGACGGACGCCAACGCCAACGUCUUGUCGCCCAAGGAGCAAGCGAUCGAAGACGACCGGCUCGACGCGGCGUACCGAGCACUCAUCUCGACCGACGUGCUCGACGAAGCGGCUUCACUCGAAGGGCCGCAUGGGUGCCGCGUUGUCGUCUGCCAUGCGAAUUUGAUCCGGUACUUUCUGUGCCGCGCGCUUGGCAUCUCGCCCGUCGGCGUGUGGGGCCAGUUUGAGAUCAACCACUGCAGCAUUACGCGCCUCGACAUUGGCUCCAACGGCACGUGCAAGGUGCUCAGUGUCAACGAGUGCGGCCAUUUGCCCACGUCGCUGCGCACGUCGAGCGAAGACCACUUGUAGCAGCGUUCUCGACGCGUCUAACUUAUCGUUGUUGCGUUUUUUCAUUUUAGCCGAUUUUCGCACCAAAAAUGACCAAAAAUGGAG